GCUGGAGGCGGGUUGCUGCUGCUGCUGCCGCGGCUGUUGGUACGUUUUUGCUCCUCCUGUCCAAGCUGGGUUUUCUUUCGAGGGUCUUAAAGUAACUCUCCUCCGGCACAAAACAUUUUUAUUCACUCAGCUGACCCGUAGGAGACAGAACCCGAGCUCUCUGGGUGGAGAAAACGACACAGUUUGACAUCCGGGGGAGCGAAAAACAGGGGGGAUGGCGGCUCCGUACGAAGGCCAGUCUUUUGCUGCUCUGAGGAGGCGGUGCAGACAGAAUGGGACCCUGUUUGAAGACCCUCUGUUCCCGCCAUCCGACCAGUCUCUCUUCUACCAGGGAAAUCGCAUUGGACACAUUACCUGGAAAAGACCCAAGGAGUUGAGCAGCAACCCUCACCUGUUUGUAGACGGGAUCAGCGCUCACGACUUGCACCAAGGCCAGCUGGGAAACUGCUGGUUUGUCGCUGCUUGUUCCAGUCUGGCUUCCAGAGAAGCACUCUGGCAAAAGGUGAUUCCGGACUGGAAGGACCAGGAAUGGAACGAAGAGAAGCCAGAAACGUACGCCGGGAUCUUUCACUUCCAGUUCUGGCGGUUCGGUCAGUGGGUCGACGUGGUGAUCGAUGACCGGCUGCCGACGAUGAACGGAGAGCUUGUUUACUGCCACUCCAACGACAAGAACGAGUUCUGGAGCGCGCUGGUGGAGAAAGCCUACGCCAAGUUGUGUGGGUGCUACGAGGUUCUGGACGGGGGAAACACCGCCGAUGCCCUGGUGGAUUUCACCGGCGGCGUCUCUGAACCGGUGGAUUUGACGAAGGAUGAGAUCAAAGACGAAGACGAGAAACACACCAAUCUGUUCGAAAGAGUCCUGAAGGUCCACGACAGAGGAGGCCUCAUCAGCUGCUCCAUCCGGGCGGUUUCUGCAGAGGACAUGGAGGCCAAGCUGGCCUGCGGCCUGGUGAAGGGCCACGCGUACGCGGUGACCGACGUCCGCAGGGUGAGGCUCGGCCGCGGCCUGCUGGCCUUCUUCAAGUCGGAUAAACUCGGCAUGAUCCGCAUGAGGAACCCCUGGGGCCAGAGGGAGUGGAACGGACCCUGGAGCGACAGCUCUGAAGAGUGGAAGCGGGUCAGUCAGAGUCAGAGGGAGCGAAUGGGCCUCACUGUGCAGGAUGACGGCGAGUUCUGGAUGUCGUUUGAUGAUUUCCUCGCUAACUUCACCGACCUCAUCCUCUGCCGUCUCAUCAACACAUCCUAUCUGACUUUAUAUAAGACCUGGGAGGAGGCUGUGAUGCGGGGCUCUUGGCGUCGCCAUGACAACCCGCUUCUCAACCGCGCCGGCGGCUGCAGCAACAAUCUGUCCUUCGUUCAGAACCCGCAGUACGUGUUUGACGUGAAGAAGCCGAGAGAUGAGAUACUCAUCUGUCUGCAGCAAAAGGACCGCAAAACCGCUCUGAGAGAAAAACGUGAAGAAAACCUGCCGAUAGGCUUCGAACUCCAGAAGGUGGAGCUGAACAGGAAGUACCGUAUGCAUGUCACGCAGCAGAAGGUUGGAGGAAGCAUCUUCAUCAACUCCAGGUCUGUGUUUCUGCGCAUCAUGCUGAAUGAGGGCCGCUAUGUCAUCAUCCCAACGACCUUCAACCCCGGCCUGGAGGGAGAGUUUCUGCUGCGCGUCUUCGCCGACGUUCCCACCAACUGCAAGGAGUUGACUCUCGAUGAGCCGCCUCAGACCUGCUGGUCCGGAUUGUGCGGUUACCCGUCUCUGGUCACGCAGGUCCAUGUGCUACAAGCUAACGGACUGGCAGGACAAGACUCAGACGGAGCCUCAGAUCCUUAUGUGAUCAUCCGCUGCGAAGGAGAGAAAGUUCGCUCUGCGGUUUAUGAAAACACCUGCAGCCCCGUCUUCAACACCAAAGGACUUUUCUACAGGAAGAAAGCCAACCAACCAAUCAGCAUCGAGGUUUACAACCACAACAUCUUGAAGGACGGAUUCCUGGGCCGCGUGUUGGUGCCGGCCGAGCAGGGAAAGGUCCAGAAGACGCUUCACCUGAAGGAGAAAGGCGACGACAACGACCUUCCUGGCACCGUGAGCCUGGUCAUAGAGACCAGCUCAGUGCUCACCAGCAUCUGACACCAAAACCUUUUAGGUUUCUGUUUUUAAAAUAAAAUCUCUUCUGUAUGAACUCAAUAUUUGCCAAUCAAAACACCAAAUAAAUCCUCCGGGUUUAUCACCACUUACUUAAAAAUAAACUUUUAUCGUUUACAUGCAUUAAAGUAUGAAUCAAUAUUAGGGACAUGCAAAGAAAAAAGAAAAAAUAGUCAUAAAAUCACAAGAAUGAAGUCAUAAUUUUAUGGGAAGAAUGUUGUGUUCUGAUAUUACAACUUUAUUCUUGUUUUCUUGUAACUUCUCGUAUUAUUACUUUAUUCUCAUAAGUUUACAACUUUGUAUUAUGAGUUUUUCAUGUUAGUUUGUCUUUUUGUCGUACAAAUUUAUUCUUUUUUUUCUUAGCCUGUCCCUAAUACUUAGUUGGAUUUUUCCACACUGUGCCUUCUGCUUUUAUGUUAUGGUGUUUUUCUGUAUAUGGCACUUGGUAUUAUGAAGGUUUAUUUCGUUUUUAUUACCAUUAAUAGUUUAAAUUGUAGAGUUAAUUCAUUUAAAAAACACAUAUUAAUGAAUAACUGUAUGAACUUAAAUUUUCGUCUGAUUGUUGGUACAAUCGUUUAGAUAAUUUAUUAUAAAGAACUUAUUCCAGAAAGGUCAGAGGUCAGGUGUGAUUUAGUUGGGUGUUUACACUCUUGCCAUUAGGGGGCGCUGUGUUGCAUAAUGCUGUGUUUUUUGUUUUUGUUUUUUUAAACAGUGCCAACUUUUACAACCGGAGUUAAUUUACAGAAUCGGGUUCAACGCGCCUGUGUUUGUUUCCGGCUGGUUUACGUGUCACUGCUGCCAUUUCUGUGUUUGAAAUAGAUUUUAAAAAUUAGUUUUAACUGAAACUUUUACCUUUAAAAACAACGGACCAACAACACAACGCUUAAAUCUUGAGCAUGAAUUGUUUCAUCUUCUCUGCUUCAUUUUUAUUGAUUUAUAAUGUUAUAUAACACCUUCUGUCUAUUUGUACAUGCAAGAUAAAUUUAUUAAACUUUUCCAGUCAAAGA